AUUCAGAACUGAAGCCGAAUGAGAAGCCCAGCAAUAUUUGUGGAGGAAUCAUCGGAACUUCACAUCCGAAAGAAGCGACUCAUUGCGAAAUUCCUGUCUCUACAUAGGGGGGUAUCGAUUCAACAUGCUCGCCACCUAGUCAAUAUUCUCAGAAGUGAAGUUAGUCACUGUGUAGGUAAUAUAUUACUACCGAGCAUUAUCAUCGCUCCUGCUUCCUGUUUUGUACAAGCUGCAACUUACGUCGUUUUGUCUGGAUCAUCACAAAGAAAUCGUGGGAUGCGCCAUAAGGCUGCAAUCAUAAUUCGCCAUCAAGACUUUAAGCCAUUGUCAUAUAAUUUUGAUCUUGCCUUGAUUAAAAUUGUUCCACCCAUCGGAUGGAAUAAUCACCCAAUUGAAUUGGCUCAAAAACCACUUUUCCCUCACAGUCCUGGAUAUAUUACUGGGUGGGGCUGUGCGGCAACAGGACCGAAGAGUGCAAAAAUCAUUCUUAAUGAAUUACAAAUAAUUGAAAUGAACACAAUUGAAUAUUUUCAAUGUCAACGAUUCUACAAAUUGUACGGCGAAAAUAUUACUCUAACUAUGCAUAACUUUUGCACUUUUGAUCCAAGUAAACAAAAACGUGGUUGCGAGGGUGGUACCCCAUUUAUUAGAAAUGGGAAAUUAGCUGGUAUCAUGCCUUAUCGGGAACAUUCUGUAACCGGAAAAAAUCCACAAGUAUUCCUGGACUUGGGUCAUCCUGAUAUCAAAGAAUGGAUCGACCAUAUCUUAGUAGAAUUUAAAUCUGUACGCAAAUGACGUCGGAAGUGGUGCCAUUGCGACAGCUUUUAAUCAAAUUUGUCACGUGUCAAUGAGGUGGGCUGAUUUUUGUUUACAGCCGGAAUCAGGGAAUCUUAUGAAA